AUGCCAGGGAAAAAAGUUGCAGUGAUUGGUGCUGGGGUCAGUGGAUUAAGCGCCAUUAAGAGCUGUCUGGAGGAGGGACUGGAGCCGACCUGCUUUGAACGAAGCUAUGACAUUGGAGGACUGUGGAGAUACGAGGAGAAGACUGAAGGUGGCAGGCCAAGUAUCUAUAAAUCUGCCGCCAGCAACACUUCCAAGGAAAUGACUGCCUACAGUGAUUAUCCCUUCCCUGAUCAUUAUCCCAAUUAUUUGCACAAUUCCAAAAUCUUGGAGUACCUCCGGAUGUACACCGAACAGUUCCACCUUAUGAAAUACAUCCAGUUUUUGUCAAAGGUGUGCAGUGUGAGAAAACGCUCUGAUUUCUCCUCGACGGGACAGUGGGAUGUUGUGGUAGAGACACAAGGGAAUCAGGAGACCUAUGUAUUUGAUGGGAUCAUGGUGUGUACUGGCCUUUACUCCGAUCCCUUCUUACCACUUCAGAACUUCUCAGGGAUCAAGAGGUUCAAAGGCCAAUAUAUCCACAGUUGGGAUUACAAGACGCCAGAGAAAUUCCAGGGGAAGAGAAUUAUUGUUGUUGGCAUUGGAAAUUCUGGAGCUGAUUUGGCAGUAGAGCUCAGUCAUGUAGCUGCACAGGUGUUCCUUAGCACAAGACGAGGUGCAUGGAUUUGGAACCGGGUCUGGGAUAAUGGGAUGCCCAUGGACACUAGUCUCUUCACUCGUUUGAACUCUGUCCUCAUAAAAGUCUACCCAACAUUUUUAAUUAACAGAUGGGCAGAGAAGAAAUUAAAUACACGAUUUAACCAUAAUAUUUAUGGCUUGCAACCUCGACACAGAUUUCUGAGCCAUCAAGCUACUUUCAGUGAUGAUCUACCCAACCAUAUAAUUUCUGGAAGAGUUUUGGUGAAACCAAAUGUGAGAGAAUUCACUGAGACGUCAGCUAUCUUUGAAGACGGCACAGAAGAAGACGUUGAUGUUAUCAUCUUUGCCACAGGAUAUACUCUUUCAUUCCCUUUUUUGGAAAACGAUUCAACAAUUAUGGACAACCAUCACUCCAUGUUUAAAUUUGUCUUCCCUCCUCAGCUAGAGAAGCCAACACUAGCUUUCAUCGGUAUCCUCCAACCAGUGGGAGCCACCAUUCCCACGUCAGAACUCCAGAGCCGAUGGGCUGUACGCGUAUUCAAAGGACUAAACAAAUUACCUUCUGUGAGUGACAUGAUGACUGACAUAACAACGAGGAGGACUAAAACUAGAAAAGAAUUCCUGAAUAACCCCCGUGACUCACACAGAGUUCAGUAUGUGGAUUACAUGGAUGAAAUUGCCACCGAAAUCGGUGUGAAACCCAGCCUGUUCUCAUUGUUCUUAUGGGAUCCAAAGCUGGCCAUGGAGGUUUUAUUUGGUCCAUGCACUCCAUACCAGUACCGUCUGCAGGGCCCAGGGAAAUGGCAUGGGGCCCGGGAAGCCAUCCUGACCCAGAGAGAGCGGAUCAUCAAACCCCUGAGGACUCGCAUCCUCAGCUGUGGGCAGCCUUCCUCGUCUGUGCCACUUUGGCUUAAAAGUAUCUGUGCUGCUUUUCUCUUCAUUGUCACGUUAGUCAUUAUUCAAGGGUAA